UCAAAACCAUCGCAUCGCUAAUCAAAUGCACACAAGACAGCACAGCACAGCAAGAGAAUCUGCUCUUUAACAACCCGCUGGGAGAAAGAAAGUAAUUAUGUAAACCGCAUCGCAUCCCCAAUAUGGCCCUUGGGGGACCUCAACUCACUAAUUUCUCACUUUUCCUCAUUCUCCUUCUUACUGAGUACUCACCCCGCCCUUCUCCAUCGGCACCACCCGACUGUGUGAAAAGACGAAAGACUAAAACCAGCAAGUCCGCAUCUUUUCCCUGCAGGUCGGGUGCUGGUGCCCCCCCCCUCUCUUCCCUUCUCGUAUUAGUUUUUCUUUUUUUUUUCUUUUUUUUUUCUCUUUGACUCCGGGCUAUUCCUUCACUCCCUCCCACACCACCAGGGUU